AUAUACUUAGUGAAAGCUUUAUUACUAUAAUUAAGUGAAUCGUACUUGAAUCGUGGAUUUUUAUUUUGAUUUUAUUUUGCGUUAUAAUUGGAUUUUACACUGUGAUCUUAUCAACAAGACAGCAACCUGCUAAUGAUCAUCAAAUUUACUUUAUAUUUUUUCGAAUGUGAUAUAAAUUUGAUUUAAUCCGCUUACACCUGGAAGAAUCAUGAUUUCAAGACAUCAAGUUCUAAAUUUAUUGAAUUUAGUUUCAGCAGCAUCAUGUAAAUGUCCAGCUCAUUCUACCAACUAUGGAUCAAGUACUGGCAGAUCGCAGAAAAAGGAAUAUGCUUUUGAGAUGUCUUCUUCUACUGUGAGAUUUGGCCCAGGAGUUUCAUCCGAAUUAGGUGGAGAUUUAGAAACUAUUGGCGCUAAGAAUGUAUGCCUCGUAUCUGACAAAAAUGUAAUUCAAUUGAAAAGUGUAAAAACGGCAUUGGAUUCACUUUCAAAACAUAAAAUUAAUUAUGAAUUAUUUGAUGAAACAAGAGUUGAACCGACUGACGAUAGUUUUUGGAGUGCAUCAAAUUUUGCUAAAGGUAAAAAAUUUGAUGCAUUCAUUGCUAUUGGAGGUGGAUCUACAAUCGACACGUGCAAAGCUGCAAAUUUAUAUUCAUGUAACCCGGAUGCAGAGUUUUUAACAUAUGUCAAUGCUCCUAUCGGAAAUGCUAAAUCAAUUGACAAGCCCUUGAAACCAAUGAUUGCAAUUCCAACAACUUCAGGAACGGGCUCGGAGACAACUGGUGUUGCGAUAUUUGAUUUUAAGGAGAAACAUAUAAAAACUGGAAUUUCUAGCAAAUUUUUAAAGCCGCAAUUAGGUCUAAUUGAUCCAUUACAUACAAUGUCAUUACCUGAAAGAGUAACGGUGUAUAGUGGAUUCGAUGUAUUUUGUCAUGCUCUGGAAAGUUUUACUGCAGUUCCAUACACAGAUCGUGGUCCGGCUCCUAGCCAUCCAAAUUUACGACCACCAUAUCAGGGGCGUAAUCCUAUAUCUGAUGUUUGGGCAAGAUUUGCUUUAAAUAUAAUAAAAAAAUAUUUUCACUCUGCUGUAUAUGAGCCAGACAAUUUGAAAGCACGAUCUCAAAUGCAUUUGGCAUCAACAAUGGCUGGAGUAGGUUUUGGAAACGCAGGCGUACAUUUAUGCCAUGGAUUAUCUUACCCUAUAUCAGGGAAAGUUCGAAAUCAUUUUCCAAAUGACUACAGUAAAGAUCACCCUAUUAUCCCUCACGGUUUAUCAGUUGUUAUAACAGCUCCAAGUGUUUUUGAAUUUACUGGACCGGCUUGUCCAGAAAGACAUAUAGAAGCAGCAGCUAUCCUAGGAAAAGAUGUCUCAAAUGCCAAAUUAAAUGACGCUGGGAAAAUUUUAGCUGAUACAAUUAGAGAGUAUAUGUUUAAAAUGAAAAUAGAAAAUGGAUUAAAAGCUUUGGGUUUCAAUAGUGAAGAUAUACCAGAUUUGGUACAGGGAACUCUGCCACAGGAGCGAAUUAUAAAAUUAGCACCUAAAGAACAAAGUUGUGAAGAUUUAUCAAGUUUGUUUAAAAAUUCAAUGGAAGUUUACUAACUUAUUUGCAUGUGAUUAAUCAAAAUCGUCUCAUAAAUUAAAAAAAAUUGUUAAUCAAAGUUAAAUAAAAUAAAAUUUUUUAAAAAGUAUUGUUACAAAUUCGAAACUCUUCCCAUAGUUUACCAGAUAGGUAUGAAAUACAAUUGUUUUGGUAUUGUAUUGGAACUUGAUAAAUCUUAUUUCUAUAGAAGAACCAAACUGUAUUUUAUGCAUAAAUUUUGGAUUUACAUGCAAAUAUUUAUAAGAUCAUAGAGUUAAACUGGCGGUGUUUUGUAACCAAUUUUAUUUUUUGGAUUAAGUAAUGAUUUGCCAGUUCCUGUUAACUUCCCAUAUGGUCGAAAUUUCAUCUAAAAUAAUAAAUAAA